UCUCCAGUUGCCUUCGCGUUCAACGGCCACAUUUCAAACUAGAAUGGCGACCGCCGUCUGCAACGGCAACAACGGCAAACCAGUGAAAACACACCGAGAACACCGGAGGAAAGCGAAGGAUUCUAGGAGAAGACAAGCGGCUUUGUUGUUUUUAACUAAUAUCUCACUCGACGGACGGCCCCAGUGUCAGCUCAGCGAUGGAAACACCGACCAAAAAGCCGCCGAGGAGCAGCAGCGACUCAGGCACAGAGACAGUGGCGCAAUGGUCGCGCCCCCGCCGGCGGAUAGCUAUGAACCGGUCCUCCAGGUGACAGAACCCUCCGCGGCCGGCAGUGGCUCGUCAUUCAGUUUUCCAGCACCUUCUGUGGUCAUGUCCCCGGGACCUACCGGGGCGACCAGUGUAGGCGCCAACGAGGUAUUUCUGGAGGGUGGUAGUGCGGCCGAGACGCUAACCCCGGACACCCCUCUGUCUCCUGUUACCACCGGACACCAGCCCUGCUCCCGUGUCAGGUCAACGCCCGCCGCUAUCAGCCCGGUACCGGCCGGCAAUCCUCUGGAUUCACGGCAGAGGUUGAGGAAUGUGUCUGGUUCUCCUGGACCCAAGGUGCCAAAGAAAGUCCACUUCAUCAAGAAUAUGAGACAGUAUGAUACCAGGGGAUGUAGGAUCGUGCUGAUUUGUGCCAAGCGGUCGCUAUACGCUGCUUUCUCAGUGCUGCCCUAUGGAGAGAGUGCUCACCUCAGUGACCCUAAGAUGGAGGCUCAUAGGCAGAGGUUGUCUUCUGUGGUGGCUGCUGACCUGCUUCCUUCCCUGGAGGGUGUGGAGCUUGGAGACUGUAGCAAGACGGUGUCCUACGCUCAGUUACUUUACCCGACCAAUGCCUUGGUGAGACAGAAGAGCGGCGCUGCACCAGAGACCUGCACAGCUCAGACCCCCCAGUCUCGCUUCCGUGGCAACGGGCAGAGGAACUUCACCCCGGCUCGUCUGAACAGCGGCGCCGCACAAGACCCAUCUGUAGAGGAGGUGGUGGAGUACGACCCUAACCUACUCAGUGACCCUCAGUGGCCUUGUGGGAGACACAAGAGGGUUCUGAUAUUUGCAUCAUACGUGACGACUAUUGUUGAGUAUGUGAAACCAUCUGACCUGAAGAAGAACAUGAAUGAGACUUUCAAAGAGAAGUUUCCUCACAUCAAGCUAACUCUGAGCAAGAUAAGAAGCCUCAAGAGGGAGAUGCGGGCCAUGAGCGACGACUGCGGCCUACAGCCGGUCACCAUCGCGAUGGCUUUUGUUUACUUUGAGAAGCUGGUGCUGCAGGGCUGCCUCAACAAGCAGAACCGGAAGUUGGUUGCAGCUGCGUGCGUGCUGCUGGCUGCAAAGAUCAGCAGCGAUUUACGGAAGCAAGAUGUCAAACAGCUCAUUGACAAGCUGGAGGAGCGUUUCCGCAUCAACAGGCGGGAGUUGAUUCCGCUGGAGUUCCCGGUGCUGGUGGCGCUGGAGAUGGGACUUUACCUGCCUGAGAGUAAGGUCAUGCCUCACUACCGCAGGCUGGUGCAGCAGCAGCAAGGCUAGACCGACAAGCUGCUGCUUUCAUUAAUACUGUAACACCAUCGAGUGUGUGUGUGUGUGCGGUGAGGUAAUUGUGACCGUUUGUGUGGUGGAUCGACCAGUUUAUAAGCUGUGGUGUUUGAAAGAAAUAAUAAUUCUGAUGUUAUUUAUUUUCUGUCGGUCGUGGCUUAAGUCGCUCACUGUUUAUGAAGAAUAACUAGUUUACACUCAUAUUUUGGACUUGUCUGUCUCCCUGAAUGUCUUUUUGUACGUGUGACGUUGCAGUCAUGAACUCUAUGUUAGAGAUGUUUGAUGAGCACGUUAAUUGUGCUAUUAUUUUGUUUUCCUGUGACCUGUUUGUUUUGGUACGUCCUAGUAUUCUUAAACUAUUUAAAUUAAACGUACGCUGUGAUGUUUGUGGAAGAAUCAUCUCCUGCACCUUUCUCGUGACUAUACACCGUCUAUUAUUAUGAACGACAAGGAACCAUACUGUUGAUUUAGUAAAUGCCUUUUUAAACUCACUGUGACUUUGAUGUAAUUUCAGCCGUGAGACUGACGCUGUCGAUUGUUGGUGGAAAAAUGAGAGAAGGAAGCAGCCUUUAAUUUAUGUUUAUUCAAUACUUGUAUGUCCAACAAUAAUCCAGCCACAUUCAUAUAUUUACCUUGUGAAUAAUAUUAGUUCAGAAUCUUGUGGCCAGCUGUGUUCAGACUGUGCCGAUAUACUGUAAGAAAACAGGAAUGUGGAGACAUUUAUAUUAUAUGAUUUAAUUUUAAUGUCGUUAACCAGGGAUAUGUUUUUAUAAACAAACACUGCACUGGAAUUUAUUCCCGUCUGGCUAGUUGACGUAUGUUUCCGUUCUCAGGAGUUUUACUUUCUCAUGUCUUUGAAUGGCUCAAAUCUAAUCCAAAGAGAUGUUUUACAUGCGUUACCGUUGCUGAAAUCACCUGUGCUAAAUGGAAGGUAACUGAUUGUAUUGUAACUCAAAGUACCGCACUGUGUUAACAUGACUGCAGUUGCCACUUAAUGUGUAGUAGUUCUUCAGAUUUAGGCGUCCAUGUAUGGAAAGAAAAAGUGCCUGAAACUACAGCGGCAGUGAAAGUGUUAACUUAUCUUAUGAGUGCUAUUUAAUGUUGACAUGUCGGAGUGUUGCUGCUGCUGUAGAGAUCUUUAAGUGUUGUGGUUGUUCUGCUCUAUGAAAGAUAAUUGAACUUUUCAUUGUGGUGAAAAAUGUAUGAUGAUAAACGUCCAAAUAGAUCUAUGGAACUGCAGAAACUGUUGUAUGGUUGGUGUCAAAAUGGGUAUUUAUUCAUGUUUUCAUACUGUUAAAUGAAUGUUUUUCAAAUAUAUUUUCAGAAACUGAAAA